UUAGAGGCAAUAAUGUCUGAAAGGGCACCAGUGUCAGCCGAAGAAACAUUAGUUCGUUACGAUAACCCUGUAUUGGUCACUAAACAACCUGAAAAACCCUCAACCCCUCGUGCGGGCCCUUCGAUACAACCAUGUAUACCAACGGAAGCUAAGCGUGAAACAGAAGAAAUAUUAAAUGCAAUUCUUCCACCGAAAGAAUGGGAAGAAGACGGGCAGAUAUGGACACAAAAGAUAUCGUCAACACCGGCGACUCGCUUGGACGUGAUAAAUCUCCAAGAGAUGCUGGACACACGCUUGCAGCAGCGACAAGCGAGAGAAACUGGCAUCUGCCCCGUGCGUCGGCAGCUCUACACUCAAUGCUUUGAUGAGCUUAUACGGCAGGUGACUAUAAAUUGUGGUGAAAGAGGCCUCCUCUUACUUCGAGUGCGAGACGAAGCUAGAAUUACUAUGGAAGCGUAUCAAACGCUGUACUGUAGUUCGAUAGCUUUUGGCAUGAGAAAAGCUUUGCAGUCCGAACAAGGCAAAUCUGACCUCAUGGACCAAGUAGCAAAACUAGAAGCGGAGCGCUCUGCAUUAGAAAAGCUAUGCUCAGAAUUGAAGCAGAAAACAGAGCAGUUGGAACGACGCGCGGCUGAAUUGCGUGCGGCAGAGGAAAAGCGUCACCAGGAGGAACUUCUGGCUUUGAAGAAAACCAACGCUCAGCUGAAGGCACAACUGGAGGGUAUCAUAGCACCGAAGAAAUGAACAGUGUCAUUUUAUUUCAUUAUGCGUUCGUUAUU